AUGGCUCUACCUUGGGCGAAGAAAUUUAUUUCAGUAUGUCCGAGGAUAAGGUGUGCCUGCAGCCCUGGAGGUGAGAAAGAAAUCUGCUGGCUUUCCUGGACCACAGGUGCUGCCGCAUCACCAGUAUUUUACCAUCUAUUCCAAACCCCUCGUAACCACUUUCCUUUUACGAGGCCCUGCCAACAUGGCUGCGUUUGCUCUAAAACUGCGAAGAAGGUGGCCCGGUCAUCACUGAGAGAGAGGUACUGCACACUCCCGGGCAGUAACUGCCGCGCCAACCAGCACACGUGUGAGGAGAUCGCCAUUAUUUCCCCCGGCGAGAAGCUUCUCAGCAAGGGCGCAGGCUGUGUCACACACCUGAUGAGGCCGUUGCAGAGAGGCCCCGUGAGAGGUAUCUCAGUCAAGCUGCAGGAGGAGGAGCGGGAAAGGAGAGAUAAUUAUGGUCCUGAGGUCUCGGCCCUGGAUCAGGAGAUCACUGAAGUAGAUCCUGACACUAAGGAAAUGUUGAAACCCUCGGGCUUUGCCAUUCUGUCCAAACUGCAGGUCACUCAGCCUCCAGUUGGGAUGAAUUUCAAAACCCUCCAUGGAGUCGUUUGA